AUGGCGCCAAUCACGCAAAUUGAAUACUUUCGAGUUCCUCCGCGGUGGCUGUUUGUCAAGGUCACGGAUUCUCAAGGGAAUACUGGCUGGGGUGAAGCGUCCUUGGAGGGCCAUACUGAGGCAGUCGAGGGCUGCCUCAAUGCAUUUAUCGAGCGAUUCAUUGGCUUAGAGGCUAAUGACAUUGAGCAUAUCUGGCAAAAUGGCUAUCGCAUGGGCUUCUACCGGGGCGGGCCAAUCUUGAUGAGUGCCCUGUCCGGUAUUGACAUUGCUUUAUGGGACCUGAAAGCCCGACGGUUCGGUGUGCCCAUCUACGAGCUCCUUGGGGGCAAGGUUCGUGAUCGAUUGCGGGUUUAUGCUUGGAUCGGCGGAGAUCGUCCUGGGGAUGUGGAGAUACAGGCUCGCGGCCGUAUCUCCCAGGGAUUCAAGGCGGUCAAAAUGAACGCAACCGAAGAUAUUGGCUGGCUGGACUCGCCCGGGGCGCUCAAUGCGUCAGUGGAGCGACUCAAGACCGUCAAGUCUCUUGGACUUGAUGCUGGAGUCGACUUUCACGGACGGGUGCACAAAGCUAUGGCAAUCCAGCUGGCACACAAGCUGGCUCCGCAUGAGCCAUUGUUCAUCGAGGAGCCCCUGCUUUCCGAGCACCCCGAGUCGGUGACCGCUCUGUCCAAACUCGUCCCUAUUCCCAUCGCUCUCGGAGAGCGUCUGCACUCCCGGUGGGAUGUCAAACCCUUCCUGGAAUCGGCAUCCGUCAGCAUCCUCCAGCCGGAUAUUAGUCAUGUGGGUGGAAUUUCGGAGCUGCGCCGGAUUGCGGUCAUGGCAGAGGCUUACGACGUGGCUUUGGCGCCUCACUGCCCUCUGGGUCCGAUCGCCCUGGCGGCGAAUAUUCAGGUUGACGCGGUGUCGGCUAACUUUGCCAUCCAAGAGAUGAGCCUAGGUAUCCAUUACAACCAUGGUUCAGCGGAUCUUGAGACGUAUAUAAAGAACGGUGAUGUCUGGACCGUCAAAGAUGGUAUGUUGGACCUCCCGCGAGGCCCGGGCUUAGGGAUUGAACUGGACGAAGACAAGAUUCGAGCCGCCACUGUUAAUGCCAAAGCCUGGCGGAGUCCUUGUUUCGAAGGGCCUGGAGGAGAGUGGAGAGAGUGGUAA